AUGAGACUCUCUCAAAGCUUAGAACCUCUCAAAACUCAGGUGGUUCGGAAGGUCUAUUUGCGGAAAAGACUGGAGAUCGCAUAUGAUAUACUCCAGACUUACAAAAACCAAGGUGGCUAUGAUUUUCUCCAAAGAACCAAGGAUCAGAUCAGAACCACUGAACAGGUUAAUGCUGCACUCAAAGCUUGCACUGAUUUGAAGCUAGAUGGCCUUGUUAUCCUUGGAGGUGUGACAUCAAACACAGAUGCUGCUCACCAUGCUGGUUUUUUCAAUGAAGCAAAGUGCUCAACAAAGGUCCUAACUGUUCUUUAUCACCAUAUCCUUUUUUCCACUAAUUUUAUAUAUUCAAAAACCCUUCAUGAAGCACAUUGGUCGUUCAGUUUCAUUGCAGGUAGUUGGUGUUCCAAUUACUACAAAUGGAGAUCUCAAGAAUCAGUUUGUUGA